AGAGAAACAUGGCUACAAGGCGAAUGGCACAGGAGACUUUUGAUGCCGUGCUACAAGAAAAAGCUAACAGAUAUCACAUGGACCCCAGUGGUGAAGCCGUAGGUGAAGCUCUCCAAUUUAAAGCUCAAGAUCUUAUAAGGACACUGCCAAGAGUCAGAGCAGAUAUGUAUGAUGACAUUCACAGUGACAGCAGAUAUACUCUGGGCGGAUCUGUGGCUCACUCUCGAGAUGCUGGGAGAGAAGGCCUGAGAGGUGAUGUAUUUCCAGGACCUUCCUUCAGGUCAAACAACCCUUCCGUAAAUGAAGACAACUACUUUCGCAAAGAAUGUGGCCGGGAUCUGGAAUUUCCCCACCCUGAUUCCCGAGAUCAGGUCUUUGGCCACCGGAAAUUGGGCCAUUUCCGUUCUCCAGACUGGAAAUUUACACUCCGUGGCUCUUGGGAACAAGACCUUGGCCACCCAGUUUCUCAAGAAUCGUCUUGGUCACAGGAGUAUAAUUUUGGUCCUUCUGCACUACUGGGAGACUUCGGGUCCUCCAGGCUGAUAGAAAAAGAGUGUUUGGAGAAAGAGAGUCGGGAUUAUGACGUGGACCGUCCAGGGGAGGCAGACUCUGUGCUCAGGGCCAGUGGCCAAGUCCAGGGCAGAGGCCGAGGUCUAAACAUCGUUGAUCAGGAGGGUGCCCUCCUAGGAAAGGGGGAGUCUCAGGGCCUGCUUGCACCUAAAGGGGGGGUUGGGAAACUUGUCACACUGAGGAACGUGAGCACAAAAAAAGUACCCACUAUAAACCGUAUUACUCCCAAAACUCAGGGCACUAACCAAAUCCAGAAAACCACCCCAAGUUCUGAUGUGACCCUAGGUGCAAACCCAGGGACAGAAGAUAUCCAGUUCCCCCCUCAGAAGAUCCCUCUGGGGCUCAAUCUAAAGGACAUUCGUCUCCCGAGAAGAAAGAUGAGUUUUGACCUCAUAGAUAAGUCUGAUGUUUUUUCAAGAUUUGGGAUAGAAAUAAUCAAAUGGGCAGGAUUUCACACCAUAAAAGAUGAUGUUAAAUUUUCCCAGCUUUUCCAGACUCUCUUUGAACUUGAAACUGAAACCUGUGCUAAAAUGCUUGCCUCAUUUAAAUGCUCCUUAAAACCAGAGCACAGAGAUUUUUGCUUUUUUACUAUCAAAUUUUUAAAGCACUCUGCUUUGAAAACACCCAGAGUUGAUAAUGAGUUUUUAAACAUGCUUUUAGACAAAGGUGCUGUGAAGACCAAAAAUUGCUUUUUCGAAAUCAUAAAGCCCUUUGACAAGUACAUAAUGAGGCUUCAAGACCGGCUUCUAAAGAGUGUCACGCCCCUGCUCAUGGCCUGCAAUGCCUACGAGCUGAGUGUCAAAAUGAAGACCCUUAGUAACCCCCUGGACUUGGCCGUUGCCCUAGAGACCACCAAUUCUCUCUGCCGGAAGUCUUUAGCCCUUUUGGGACAGACGUUCUCCUUGGCCUCUUCUUUCCGGCAAGAGAAAAUCUUAGAAGCUGUCGGCCUCCAAGAUAUAGCUCCCUCUCCUGCCGCAUUUCCCAACUUUGAAGACUCCACUCUAUUUGGGAGAGAGUACAUAGAUCAUCUGAAGGCCUGGCUGGUCAGCAGUGGGUGUCCACUCCAGGUCAAGAAAGCCGAACCUACGCCAACUCAAGAUGAGAAAAUGGUUCCUCCUACCAAACCUGAAAUUCAGGCCAGAGCUCUGAGUGGUUUAAGUGAUGCUGUCCCCCAGCGAGCAGAUCACAAGGUGGUGGACAUCAUCAACCAGCUGGUCACACGUGUCGUUGGAGGCAGCCUGUCUCCUAAAGAGAGAGCUCUUCUCAAGGAGGACCCUGCUUACUGGUUUUUGUCUGAUGACAGUAGUCUGGAGUAUAACUAUUACAAGCUGAAACUGGCAGAAGCACAGCGGAUAAGCCAGACCUCGCCAGGAGCGGGUCAGAAGCCAAUGGCUGCAGAGUGUGCAGUCCGGGCCAUGCUGUACGCCCGGGCAGUCCAGAGCCUCAAGAAGAGGCUCCUCCCAGGGCGACGGCGGGGGCUGCUCCGAGCUCCAGGACUCCAGGGUUGGAAGGUGAGGAGAGCAACCACCGGGACCCAGACCCUCCUCUCCUCAGGCACCAGGCUGAAACACCACAUCCGGCAAGCUCCAGGCUCCUUGCAGGGAAAGCCGCCCCAGCCAGAUGGAAAUGAUGCUGCCAAGGACUGCCCACCAGACUCAGCCGGGCCCUCUCCUCAGGACCCGAGCUCAGAAGCUGCAGGCCCAUCCCCCAAGCCAGCAGGAGUGGACGUAUCCGAAGCCCCUCAGAGCUCCUCACCCUGCUUGUCUGCUGACGUUGACUUGAAGACUAUGGAGACUGCAGAGAAACUGGCCAAAUUUGUUGCUCAGGUGGGACCAGAGAUUGAACAAUUCAGCAUAGAAAACAGCACCGACAACCCUGACCUAUGGUUUCUACAAGACCAAAAUAGCUCAGCUUUCAAAUUCUAUCGAAAGAAGGUAUUUGAACUGUGUCCAUCGAUUUGUUUUACAUCACCUUCGCUGAACCUCCAUGCCAGUGAGAGCGCCCUAGAGUCUGUGGAAGGGGAAGGAGAGCUUGCGAAUGAGCCUCCUCACCAGGAGGUUGAGCUGGAGAGCCUAGAGGUGAUGCCUGAGGAGGAGGAGGAGGAGGAGGAGGAAGAGGAAGAGGAAGAGGAGGAAGAGGAGGAGGAGGAGGAGGAGGCCCUCGCUCCUGGAGGACCUUCUAGGGCUCCAGGAGGGGCUGCCACUUCUGAGGGCUCUGAGGGCAGCCCCCCCACUGAUGGCCUUCCAAGCGAGGCAGCCGAGGAUGGCCCUGCUGGCACGUCUGCCCUAUCACAGGCCUGCUUUCCCCGGAAGAGGGUCAGCAGCAAGUCAUUGAAGGUUGGCAUGAUUCCGGCUCCCAAGAGGCUGUGUCUCAUCCAAGAGCCCAAAGUUCACGAACCGGUUCGUAUCGCCUAUGACAGGCCUCGGGGUCGUCCUGUGUCCAAAAAGAAGAAACCCAAGGACUUUGACUUCACCCAGCAAAAGCUGACCGACAAGAACCUGGGCUUCCAGAUGCUGCAGAAGAUGGGCUGGAAGGAAGGCCACGGCCUGGGCUCCUGUGGGAAGGGCAUCAGGGAGCCCGUUGGCAUGGGUACGGCCUCCGAAGGGGAGGGGUUGGGCGCCGAAGGGCAGGAGCACAAGGAAGACACGUUUGACGUCUUCCGUCAGAGGAUGAUGCAGAUGUACAGACACAAACGGGCCAACAAAUAGGUAUGUGCAUGAGCUGGAACGUUGGGCGUCCUGCCUAAGCUUGCAUUUUGAUAUGCAGCGACGGUUCCUCCACAAAAGUUGGUGUUCCCCACACUCCAAACCAGACCUCAAAAUACAAAAAAAAAAAA